AAAAAUAGGUCAGACUCGGGGAGGAGUCGGGGUUUGUGAUGGGUGAAAGGGGAAAGUUCAGAGGUCACAAUUUUGUUGUCUUUGUGUAAAGGAGUGGAGCUCGAUCUCACAUCACUCUUCCCUCUUCCCCGAGUCCUUUCUAAACUCUCCCCCGGGUUUCUACCCUCCCGAACCUCUCCCCUUCUACCCUUACAACCCCAACCCUCCCCCCGAUCACCUAUCAGCGCACGAGUCAGAUCCAUCUCGGUGACCAAAGACCUCAGUUCUGUACUGACCUGCAGUUGCAGUCAUGGACUCCGGUGUGAUUGAAGGCGGGCUCAAUGUCACCCUUACCAUUAGGCUGCUCAUGCAUGGCAAGGAAGUUGGAAGCAUUAUCGGGAAGAAAGGUGAAUCUGUGAAGAAGAUGAGAGAAGAGAGCGGAGCUCGCAUCAACAUCUCAGAGGGCAAUUGUCCUGAGAGGAUCAUUACAUUGGCAGGUCCAACCACUGCCAUAUUUAAAGCAUUCUCCAUGAUCAUUGAAAAGUUGGAAGAGGAUAUCAGCAGCUCGAUGACAAACAGCACAGCGACCAGCAAGCCCCCGGUCACCCUACGCAUUGUGGUGCCUGCCAGCCAGUGUGGCUCGCUUAUUGGAAAAGGUGGAUGCAAGAUCAAGGAAAUUCGAGAGUCAACCGGUGCUCAGGUACAAGUGGCUGGAGACAUGCUCCCCAACUCCACGGAGCGUGCCAUCACCAUUGCUGGCACUCCCCAGUCGAUAAUUGAGUGCGUCAAGCAGAUCUGUGUGGUCAUGCUUGAGUCUCCCCCUAAGGGGGUCACUAUCCCCUACAGACCCAAGCCUUCAGGAUCACCCGUCAUCUUUGCAGGCGGACAGGCAUAUGCCGUACAAGGACAGCACGCAAUUCCACAGCCAGAUUCUUCCUCUGCUGCUAUCUCUCCACAGCUCACCAAGCUUCACCAGCUGGCUAUGCAGCAGAGCCCGUUCCCCAUUGCACCAAGCAACCAGGGAUUCACUGGGAUGGAUGCUUCUGCUCAAACCAGUUCCCAUGAGAUGACCAUUCCAAAUGAUCUUAUUGGGUGCAUCAUUGGCCGCCAGGGAGCCAAGAUCAACGAGAUCAGGCAAAUGUCAGGUGCCCAGAUCAAGAUUGCAAAUCCAGUGGAUGGAUCGACCGACCGCCAGGUUACCAUCACAGGCUCGCCUGCCAGCAUUAGUCUGGCGGAGUACCUCAUCAACGCCAGUGUAGAGUCCUCUAAACCUCCUCCCUCCUCCUCCUUGAACCCUGAACAGACCAGCCUGUGCCCUCCCUCCACCUCUACUACUACUACUACUACCACCACUACUACUACUACCACCACCACCUCCUCUGCUGCUACCUCCUCCUUCUCUUCUUCCUCCUCCUCCUCUUCCUCCUGUGUGGUGCCCCCCACAGCCUCCAUCCCUCUGUCCUUGUUGGCUCCAGGGCCUCCUCCUCCCUCCUCUUCUUCCUCCUCCUCUACCUCCUCCACCGAUUCCCUGCUCCCCAGCUCUCCUGCCUGUGUGUCGAGUCUCCUCAGUCUCAAGCCCCUCCCUCUCCUGGCCCUCCAUGUUGUCAGCGGGGCCAGUAACCCUGCACACCCAAUUCCCACUGAGCCCAAAAUUGCCUCAGAGCUGGGCUCCAAGUCUAAAAGGCGAAGGCUCUCCCCUUACUAACCGAGGAAACAUAAGUCAUCUACUACUGAAGUACCGACAAUGCUCCUUAUUGUCUGUACCUGCACUUGCUUUUGUAUCUGGCUGUGCCAUGCCACGCUUACUACCGAACAGCCCAUUGUUACAAAGCCAGAAAGAUGGUCGACGACGCCAUAUUUCUAAGAUAGAUAAUCUGUAGCUUGACUUCACUCGUCUGCUAAAGAAAUGACAUGUUGAGUGCAUUAUAUUUUUGAACAACUUUGAACUUAGCAUGGACAGGGAAUUAUUUCACUGAUUAACUGAAGCAUUUCUCUCUUUGUGUAAGCUCUGCUCAGGUAGCGGCUCUCUUUAAGAUGUCACAUUGUAUUUAUGAGAAGUUUUCUUGUAGUGAAUUUUAAGUGACUGUUGUUAGCUGUUGUAAUGGAUUGCAUCUUGAUGACUUUAUUAUAAUUAUUAUUAUUAUUAUUUUUGCUUAUGUAAGAAAUUAAUUCAAAGUACCCUCAGGUAUCAAAGCCACCAAAUCAUCCUCUUGUCAUGUUGGUACAAAUACAAAAACGCCCAUCUGCUUUAGCUUAAAGCAGCUGAUUUAGCAAAUCAUGAAAGGAAUAAUUUGAUCUUUUAGGGAAUAUCUGGUCACCUCCUUGCAAAGAGUUGGAUGGGAAGACCUCUAGCCCUCUCAUUAAUGUUGUAUGAAGCAAACUCUGUAGCCAAGAGUUCCUUAGACUAUUUUAUCUUAUGGUAGAAAUGACAAGCCCGACUCUACAUAAAUGAUCAGCCUAGUUCAUUAGCUGAUUUUUAAGAAAGGAAAUUCACCAAUAUGUAAAUAUUAGUUUCAUAGCUGUGAUAUUUGCAGACGAUAUUGUGAUCUGUAGGCAGAUUCGGUGGAGGUGUGCACUAUGCAGAAGAGGAAUGAAAGUCAGUAAAAGCAAGACGGACAUGAAGACAUGUAGUGAAGGUAGAUGACUUUAAAUACCCGGGGUCAUCCAUCCAAAGCAACAGACGAGGGAGGUGAAGAAGAGAGUGCAGGCGGGGUGGAGAUGAGUGAUGAAAGAAUAGCAGCAGGCGUGAAAGAGAAGGGUUAGAAGGUGGCAGUGAGGCCUGCUGCGAUGUACGGUUUGGAGAUGUUGAAGAUGGAGCUUCCAUCAAAAGAGGGAGACGACAACGAGGAUUCAUGGAUGUAGUGAAGGAUGACAUGCAGAGGCUCGGUGAGGAUCCCGGGGAUGGGGCAAGAUGGAGGCAGAUGAUAGAUUAUGAACAGUGUUGGGGAG